AUGUCGUCAGAGAAGGCUGCUCAGCAGACAGAAGACACGACGGCAGUGCCCGAGAAGACGCCGGCCAAGACAGACAACCCCUCGCCGCGGGAUCCCGCCUCGAGCACAGACACACUCGCAGAUCCCACACUGCAACGUCGUCCGAGCAUCCUUCAGCGCAAGAAGACAAAGCGUACGGAUGGCAAGCGCGAGCUCACCGAGGCAGAGGGCUACGAGGUCACGGGCUAUUGUUUCUCGACGCCCAAGAAGUGGAUCAUCCUUUCCGUCAUCUUUGCCGUUCAGAUCUCACUCAACUUCAAUGCCAGCAUCAUCGGUAACGCCAUCAUGCCGAUCAGCGAGAAGUACGGCAUCACCGAACAGAAAGCCCGCCUCACUCAGGGCCUUCUGCUCAUCUUCUACGGUCUAGGCUGCGAACUGUGGGCGGCUCCAUCGGAGGAAUAUGGUCGAUGGCCAAUCCUCCAACUGAGCAUGUUGCUCGUCAAUGUCUGGCAGAUCUUGGCUGCCAGACCACCCACAUUCGGUGCCCUCGUCGUGGCGAGAGUACUAGGUGGCAUCAGCUCAGCCGGCGGCAGUGUCACGCUAGCUGUCGUGGCGGAUCUCUACGAGACCGAAGACCACCAGUAUGCUCUUUUGUUCAUCGUCUUUUCAUCUGUCGGCGGCUCUGUGCUUGGUCCGAUCUUCGGUAGUAUCGUGCAGGCCAAGCUCUCGCUCCAGUGGAUCUUCUGGGUUCAACUCAUCGUCGGCGGAGUCACGCAAGCACUUCACUUCUUCCUCGUACCAGAGACGCGCAGCACUAUCUUGCUAGACCGAGAAGCCAAACGACGACGCAAGUCGGGCGAAGACGACAACAUCUGGGGUCCCAACGAACUUCGAGAGCAGCGUCUCACGUUCAAUGAGUUUGCCGUCACGUUCUCUCGCCCGUUCAUCAUGUUCGUCUGCGAGCCGAUUGUGCUCUGCUUGUCACUCCUUUCAGGCUUCAGUGACGCACUGAUCUUCUCAUUCUUGGAGUCUUACUCGCUCGUCUUUGGCGCUUACAACUUCAGCACUAUCGCAUUAGGCAUGGCAUUUACACCUAUUCUAAUCGGCUAUUUCCUCUGCUACUUCAUCUUUAUUCCCGAGAUCAUGCGCCAGAAAAAGGCAAUCAAGAAGAAUCCCGAUAUCCAGCCCGAGUCGAAGCUCUAUCUCUUGCUAUGGCUCGCGCCUCUCGAAGCGAUCGGCCUCCUCGGCUUUGCCUGGACAUCCACCGGCCCACCCAUUCCAUGGAUUGCGCCGCUCUUAUUCUCUGCUCUCAUCGGUAUCGCCAAUUUUGCAAUCUAUUUCGCAACGAUAGACUACCUCUUCGUCGCAUACAGAGAGUACGCAGCCAGUGCCACAGGUGGCAACGGCCUGGCGAGAGAUGGCCUCGCAGGUAUCGCUACGUUCUACUCUGUUCCACUCUAUUCCAAUCUUGGUCAAUCAAAUCCACUGGCAUGGGCUUCGACGCUUCUGGGCAUCCUCGCAGCACUCGUCACAAUUCCAAUCUUUGUGUUCUACUGGAAAGGCGACAUCCUCCGCGAGCGAUCCAAGUUUGCGCAGAGUCUUGCUUCCGACCGUAAGCUGGCGGGCUCGGGUCUACCCGCCAACGAGAAGCAGAAAGACAAAGCAGAGAUCAAAGAGAAAGAUCAGGCUUGAUUCGUCGCACCACUUCAGAGUUCACAUCUUUAUGUACAUCCGUAAUCAUGCAUUGUUGACUUUCGAAUCUGUCUAUAUCUCGUCCGAGCCCUCUGCGAGUUCAACUCGCUUGGUGACAUCUGUGCACGCAUACUCGCCGUGUUGGAGGUAUUUGACCCCACACUCCGGUCCUCCUCGCGCUAGCGGACCUAUAGGAAAGAUGAGCGUCAGGCAGGCUUUGUAAGCAAAUCACUCACUCGGCGGACAAACGACAAACAUGUCUAGGCGUGUGUACUGGGCCGUUGCCUCGAAAUAAGGUCGGUAUGCACCCAAUAUGAGCUUGGAUGCCAAGAUGGGAUGACAGCAGUACAAGGCGUCGCGACUUGGCCACGUUUGGUCUUUCAUCG